GUAACUGUAACUGCCACUGGUUCCGUUUCUGUUCUCAUUCCGAUUUUCUCUGAGCCCAGUGAUGAGGUCCCUUCUAUACAAAAACCUCUUGUUUCUUUCUUCUUCUUGUUCGUCAUCACCAGCGCGUGCGCUUCAUGUUCGGCUUCAAGUGUGCGAGUUGUCAUCCUCGCCGCAUUACUGGAGGCGCGUGGAGGAGGAGUCUCGAAACGUGAGGGUUUCGGUGUGGUGGGAUUUUGAGAAUUGCAACUUGCCGGUGGGCGUUAACGUUUCGAAGAUCGCGCCUGCAAUAACGGAAGCUGUUAGGGCCAAUGGAAUUAGAGGUCCUCUUCACAUUACCGCUUUCGGCGAUGUUCUGCAACUCUCUAAAGCCAACCAGGAAGUACUUGCUUGCACCGGGAUUCAUCUAUCACACGUUCCCAAUGGUGGAAAGAAUAGUGCCGAUAGAUCUCUUCUUGUUGAUCUUAUGUAUUGGGUUUCCCAAAAUCCUCCACCUGCUCAUCUCUUUCUGAUAUCUGGUGAUAGAGACUUUGCUGGCACACUUCACCGUUUAAGAAUGAAUAACUACAAUAUCCUGCUCGCAGUUCCAGGGAAGGCUCCUGAUGUUCUUUGCAGUUCUGCAACUAUAAUGUGGCAAUGGUCUUCAUUGCUUAAGGGAGAAGAUCUUAGUGGAAAACACUUCAACCAUCCUCCUGAUGGCCAGUUUGGUUCUUGGUAUGGAAACUCUAAGGUGCCUCUUGAAAAGCCUGUCUCAGCUAUAGAGCAGUCUACCUCUUUACAAAAUGUGGAGAUCUAUGAACCUUCCUCAGACUUAAAGUUAGGUACAGUUCCCGAGUCAGUUGCAAGGAAGGUUAAGAGUAUAUUGAGUUUACAUCCAGAAGGGAUCUCUAUCACAGAUCUUCGUGCAGAAUUGGCAAAUUGCGAUGUGCGUUUGGAUAAAAACUUAUAUGGAUAUAAAAGGUUUUCCCGCUUUCUAUUAUCAAUUCCAAACUUACAGCUCCAGGCUUUAGGUGAUGGAAAGUUUUGUGUGCAUUCGAUCCCCUCUGACUCUCCUGAACCCUUUGAGAGCAGUGCUGUACCAUCUACGGCAUCUGCUGUUAAGAAUGACAGAAGGGCCUAUGCAGCAACUUCAAAGCUAAAUAGUGCGGGUAAAAAUAUGGCUAGAGAUGCAGAUGGGACACCCUCAAUGGCAUCAUUGCAUGAAAGGAGUAUGGAUGAUGAUCCAAAAUCAUUCCAACCGAUUCCUUCACAAGAUAAACCCAUUGAGAAAAAUGCAGAUGGUAAAUCAUCAUUCCCUUCAUUGGUUGAAAGAGAUGUGUGUCAGCCCCCAAAUGAGUUGCGAAAAGCCUCUCUGGAUAGUGAGAAGGUUGUGGAUGUGGCUAAUGCACAAUUGUCUGAGAUUCAACAGCUGUCCGAGGCCAAUGAAGUUUCCAAAACUAAGACGGGUUCCUUAAAAACAAGAUCUAAAAAGUCAUCUGAUAAUAACAAUGUUAGGUCUGAGGAUGUAAGUCACAAAAUUUUGGAAAAAAUUACAAAUUCAGGGAAUCACUAUGCUGGGAAUGAUUACAAAAUGGUGGAAAACAAUGGUAUUGCAAAAUAUGAAUCUGGAAAAUUUAAAGCCAAGGACAACUAUGAGAAGCCAACUGGAAAGGAGGUUGAUGAAGUUUGUCGCAGCCCUAAUUCUUCACCACCAGUUGAUGACUCUCUGGUUGACAAAAGACCUGUUGGUAGUGCAGAAACCUAUAGAAAAAGACCAACUUUCUUUAGCUGGAUUGGAAGUUGGUGGCCAUUUUGGAAAAGCAGUGCAAAGUCUGUUGAUUCGGCUGCUCAUCAGAACAAGGUGGUUAGUCAUUUUGAGGAUCCCAAGUUAUCUGAACUGGAACAGACUGGUAGUCAUUCUGAAGAGUCCAAGUUAUCUGAACUGGACAAGACUGGUAGUCAUUCUGAAGAGUCCAAGUUAUCAGAACUGGGCCAGAAUGUUAGUCAUUCUGUGAAGCCUGAGUUAUUUUCUAAUGAUUCCUUUUGGAAUGUCAUGGAAUCUUUUGUUUUCACACCCAACGGAUCGCUUCUUUUCUCCCAGUCAAGAAGCAGGGAGGAUAUGGCACAUAAAUUACAAAAGGACGGACCCCUGGUUCUUAGAUCUCUCACUGAAAAAGAUAUCCUUCAAGUGGUGGAUUUGUUAAUAGCAGAGAAAAAAUGGUUGGAGGAAAGCCCCUCCCAAGAAUUUCCUUUUAAGGUAACUCAACCAGUUCAGAAGAGCUCAUUGAUGGGCCAAUCUCAUCGUGCAAAUGGCUUGAGAUCUCUCUUUCUAAGUAGAACAUCACAGUCCAGCUUGCAAAAAUCAUAUGAACUUGAUGUGGAGAAACACAAUCAGAGUAUUCCUCAUACUAGAGUUUCUACACCUGCCACUGAAACGAAAUAUACUGAGAGGUCUAGAAAUGAUAUGUUACAAGACUGUCAGAAACUAGUGAGUGAGAUAUUGAGGAAACACCCAGAGGGAUAUAAUAUUGGUCGUUUCCGAAAACUAUAUGUUGAUAGGUAUGGCUAUCAUCUUGAUUUACAGAAGCUUGGUUAUCAAAAGUUGGCAUCCUUAUUACAGAUAAUGCCUGGGGUUAAAUUAGAGUCGACUUAUAUUUUUCCUUCCGUUCCUGCUGUUUGUGCUUCUGAUUGGAAAACUUCUAUUCCUAAAUCCCAAGUAACCGAUGCUAGUCCUGCAGUCUCCAACUCAGAUAGUGAAUUAUCUGAUUCAGCCCCAAAAGAUGAUAACAUUGACUCUCCAUGGGAGGAAUUAGGUCCUGUUUCUGUCAACAAUUCCAACCAGAAUGAUCUGGAGUCAAAAUUAAGUAAGAAAGCCAAAGAACUGGAUACAUCAAAGCCACCUGUUUAUGAACCUAUCGUCUCAGGUUAUGAUUCUUCUGAAUCUGAAGGAGAUAGCUCUUGUUUAACUCAACCAGAAGAGCACGGAAAGCCUAAAUGUAAUGAACAAGACAGUUCUCUUUGGGAAGCUCUGGAUUUGUGGCACAGCAGCAAGGAAGGAGAGAAUAGUGUAAAGAAGCCAGACAAUGUUUCUCUGGCUGAUCUUUUAAAUUCAUCCACUGAGUCCACCCAGUGUACCCUCUUUUCACAAGUUCCUUCAGGGAACUACAGAGACAAGCAAAAGACUCCAAAGAAUUAUUCAUUUGUUGCUGACCCGGUCUUACCUAACAAGGACAAGCUGGUUGAUGGGAUAUUAGAUGGCUUCAAGAAAGCAGACGAGUCAAAGAUGCAAAACUGAGGAGCUUCUGGUGUGAACUGGACCUGGGUCCUAGAAUUCCAUAUUAGGAAAUUUGGGAUUCUCAUAAACACAAGAAUUCAGACAGGAAGAGAUGGUGAACUGCAGUUUUAGCUGGCCACGGUACUGAUGUUUAAAUUGAGGAUUAUUCAGAUGGUUGCUAGAUGCAGCUACGGAAAUUUUUUCCAUUUGCAACUAUGCUAUUACUGCUGGAACAAUUAUGGUCUUUAACAUGCUGUCCUGGCAUGUGAUCCUAUGGCAAUGACUCAUAACACUCUUUACAAGGAGCAUGAACCUUACGGAUUUGGGGAACAAUGAUUCUUUCAAGAUGGAGCGGUGACUCAGGUGUGGUGGUUUGGUAAUGUUAGUACGGUGGUUAACGCGGCAUGGUUUGAGAGUCAGGAUCGU